AUGGCUGAGUGUCUGGAGGACCAUCUUCAAUGUCCCACCUGUCUGGAGAUCUUCGAAGAUCCUGUCAUUCUUCCGUGCAGUCACAACUUCUGCCGUGCGUGCCUGCAGCGGUGGAAGGACGCAGGAGAACGAUCGUGUCCAGUCUGUCGAAAAGGGUUUAGUUUGAGGGAUCCGCCUUCCAACUUGGCACUGAGGAAUAUGUGUGAGAACCUUUCACGAGCCUCAGUCAAGUCAGAGGAUAUGUGCAGCUUGCACGAAGAGGAACUCAAACUCUUCUUUUUGGACCACCGGGAGCUUGUGUGCAUCAUCUGCAGUGAUGCAGAAAUCCACGUUGGCCACACAUUCUGGCCCCUGGAAGAAGUUGUGAAAGGUCAUCAUGAGGAACUCCAGAAAGAACUGCAGAAGGCCAAGGAAAGACUCAAAGAUUACAACGACUGUCAAGAGAACUGCAAAGAACAGGCAGAGUACAUCAAAGUCCAGAGGGAGAAAGUCGAACGCAAGAUAAAGAACAAUUUUGAGGAGCUCCGCCGCUUCCUCGACGUCGAGGAGGAGGCCAGGUUGGCUGCGGUCAGGGAGGAAGAGAAGGAGAAGAGUCAAACGAUGAAGAAGAAGAUGGUGGCUCUCGGCGGACAAAUGGCCGCUCUCUCGGAGGUCAUCAGAAGCACUGAGGAGCAGCUGGUAUCUGGCAAUGUUGCUUUCAUGAAAAAGUUCAAGACUGCGAUGAGCGGAAUCCAGGAGCUGCCUGAAAAGCCACAGCUGCUGCCAGGAGGUCUGCUGGAUGAAGCCAAACACGUGGGCAACCUCAAGUUCAAGGUGUGGGAGCUGAUGAAGGAGAGGCUUGCCUACAGUCCAGUCAUUCUGGACCCCAACACGGCCCAUCCAGAACUCCUUCUGUCUGAAGAUCUGAGCAGUCUGAGUUGUGAAGGUGUACUGCAGGAGCGUCCAAAGAAUCCAGAGAGGUUCCAGACGCGGCGGUCUGUGCUGGGUGCUGCUUUGGACUCGGGAAGACACGUGUGGGAAGUUGAAGUGGGAGACAACGAUGUCUGGUAUGUGGGGAUCAUGGACGGGGAUCUAUGUUUGCCAGAGAAAAUGAUUGGUUGGUUUAUUGGAUUUUGUGAUGGUGAAUACCGAAAGCCCGGUUGCGAUUAUGGAGAAUGGAAUCCGCCUGUCAAAGUGCAGAGGAUCCGAGUUGAAGUGGACAUAAAUGAAAGGGUGGUGUCCUUCUCUGAACCUUUUACAAACACUGAAUUGUGGAAUGUUAAGGAGCCUUCUGAUUGGCCAGACUUGUCGGGUAACAUCAAAAUGUAUCCUUACUUUCGUUCAGCACAUAGAAGUCCUCUAAAGAUAAUCCCCGUUCCACCUGGUGUUAUGACUGCGAUCAGUUCGCGGUCAUGUUGAUGCAGCUUGAUUUUUUUUUUGCUUUUCAAUGUCAUCUAAUUCAGGGGUCCCCAACCUUUUUUGCACCACGGACCGGUGUUAUUUGGGUCUUUUUUUCACGGACCGGUGUUCUGACAAAUUUUGCAACCCAUCAAAAAUUGCAACGAUGCGGUUCUGCGCAUGCGCAUAACGUUAAACAUAAUGCAAAUUUUGCAUUAAGCAAAAUGCGCAAAUGCAGCGAUUCCGAAGUAAACACUACAAACCUUCUUGAAAGAAAGUUAUAUUAACUUACAUUUGAUCAUGCAAGGACUUGUAGAAAAGUUCUCCACAGAUACAUCCUGCCAUGUUAGCUGCACACAACUGCACACCACUCG